AACAAAGAGAUUAGUCACUCGCGACGCAUAUUGCUGUGUCGGCUCUUUGAAGUGCACAAUUACCGCGACUUAUGCCCAUUAAUUCGGCUUAGUACAAUAGGAGUGUGUAGAGUGGUAAUCAGGGUUUACUCGGUGUAAUCAUCUGUCAAGUGCUUAUAGUCGUGCACCGCUGAAAUUAGGUCAAAGGAUUUUGAUUGGAAGAGGAGAGUCCAGAAGAAGAGAGAUUCUUAAUUCACAAAGAUAGAGAGAAAUAUUGGAGAACAGAACUAGUUUUAUGAAACAUGUAUGAACAUAAUCAUAUGUAGGAUUUAAUUGGAUUUCUGGAGAUAAUUAUAGGUUGAAAGGGGGACAAAGCAGGAUGACAUAAGCAGUAGAUGGGUAGAAGGGGUCGGGGCUAGUGUGCACCAUGGGCAAGCGGAAGUUGGGCGAAGUAGAGAAUGGUUACUCGUCAUCAUCAUCGCAGGAGGAAAAUGACGAUGUGGACAGCUGUGCUAGUUCAGCUUCAACCAACAGUAGUACUGACGUGCCAACAGGAUCUAAAUCGAAAAGAAAGAAAACCAAAUCAGUGAAGUUUAAAGGAGUAAAUGUAUUCUACUUUCCAAGAACGCAGGGAUUCACAUGUGUGCCAAGUGAAGGAGGCUCAACACUUGGUAUGGGGGAGAAGCAUGUGCACAGGGAUGACUUCACAUUAGCUGAAUUUGCUCGAGAACAGCGCAGAAUCCACCGAGAGAUGCUGGAAAAACAGCGCCAAGAGGGUAAACUGAUGGAAGGACUUGAAGCUCGUCUUGCCGAAAUGGAUGAAGAAGAAGAAGGUUGCCAUAGUGAUGAUGAUAGUGACUGGGAAUUUGAAGAUCUCGAUGAUUACUAUUUUUUACAACCGGUGUCUAUUCGGCAGAGACGAAUAAUGUUGAGAAACAAUGGGGUAAAGAAAAUUGAUAAUACAGAAAAAGAUACGUGUAAACACAUUCGACAGUCUCGUGAACAAUGUGGAUGCGAUUGUAAACUGUAUUGUGACCCAAAAACAUGUGCAUGUAGUUUAGCUGGAAUUAAGUGUCAAGUGGACAGGUUGUCUUUUCCAUGUGGUUGUACUAAAGAUGGCUGUGCCAAUCCAACAGGUCGUGUAGAAUUUAAUCCAAUUCGUGUACGGACUCAUUUUAUUCACACAGUAAUGAGAUUGGAAUUUGAAUCAAAAUGCGAGAAGAGUUGUAAAUCUAGUGAUUCUGAAAGUGAAGACAAGGAUGCUGUAAACUUAUCUCAGUUUAAUAGCAAUGAAAGAGGAUCGUGCCGCGACUGUCAGAAUUCAGAGUUCAGUAAUGCACUUAUGCAGGAAAUGGAGUAUGCAGCUUUAAAUCGGGAACAGAGUCACAUGACCAAUUAUAACAUGACAAAUUCAUUUACACAUGUAACUAACGGUCAGAAUGGGAACAUGAAUGGCAUAUUUAAACCAAAUCAGUCAUCAGUAUCAUACGUUAAUCUCAAUAACUCGACAUUAAACAAUAUGUAUAAUUCUGCAACAGAAUUUUAUAAUGCAGAAAAUACAACAAGUAUGUAUGAUUUCCAGACUCAUAAAGAGGAUACUUCCUCCUACUCUGAAAUGAGUGAAAGUUCCAAUGAAGAUGGAGCAAUGUAUCGAAAGUCAUUUGGAAAUUUAUCACGAUUUCAGCAAAAUAUAAACUGCACUGUUAGUUCUUCAUCAUUUCCUGUAAGUUCAAAUUCAAAUGAAAAGUUUUCCGACAUAGCUGAGGCAUCUGAACCUGCAUUUAAACUGCAACCCAUAUCAUCUAUACUGAACUCUGUAAAUGAUACUUUUUCAACACACAGUUCUACUUUGUGGAAUUCGGAUGGCAAAUUAUCUGAAAAUUCAUUGUCGUCUAGUUUGCCAGCAGUUUCCACAGCUUCUCUACCAGACUGUUGCUAUACAACCAUGAACAAUACAACAUCAGAUAAAAUUGCAGAAACUUGCCCCGGAAUUUCCUCACAUAUGAACAAAGAAGUAAACAAUUGUGACAUCGGGGGACUAGUUAAUUCGGCAAGUGAGUCGGACAAUCUGUCUGUUAGUAGUUUUUAUGACUCAGACUCAUCAAACCACGCGAUCACUCCUGCAUGUUACGAUGUUGAUACUAACGAAAAUGAGAAGAAAUUGAGAGAAACUAUAGAAGUUACCGCACAUAAAGUGUGCGAAGAUACAGCUGGACCAAAUUUUGGAGAAAUUAUAAAGGAAUCUAUAUUUGAAAUAGUAUCUGCUUAGUUUACAAAAGAAAAAAUGCUGAGUUUUGCAAUGAUAUAAGUAUUUGUUAAACACAGUUGUGGGCUAAUAGAUUUUUAGUGGUUUAUUGGUACUAAAAUUAGAAAAAUAUGUUAUCUAAAAAGUUAUUGGCAAAUGUCUAAGAAAGAAUUUUAAAUAAAUGUUUAAUUAUUAACACAGAACUUGAAACUCGCAUCCCAAGUUAGGAAAUUAAUAUUUAAAUUGUGUACUGCAUAAAAAAUAUAAGUUGUGCAAUACAAAAUGUCUAUUGAUAUAAAAUAUAAAACUUUCAGUUGGAUAAGUAUAAUUUAAGUGAAUUUUAGCCAGUUUCAUUAUGGUUGUAAUGCUGUUGGCCCAUACUUGAUAAGGUAUACUUUUUUUAUUUGUUUAAGAUUUUUGCAAAACCUGCUAGGCAAUACCUCAAAAUUCUGGUUGUGUAAAAUCUUUAAAAGAAUCUAGUAAAGAACCUUGGUUAUUAAGAUUGUUCAGGCCAAAAGUUUGACCACAGGUCAGGAUACUGUAAUUGUCAAAAUUAAGCUUUCUUAGUUAUUAUUUUAUAUAGUAUCCUGUACUUCCUUUUGUUGCAGAAUAUUUAAAUCUUACUGGCACAAGAAUGGUUUGAAUUAAAAUGGCAGCCCAGACUUUUCCGUGUACUAUAGUAUACAUUGUAUUUUGACAAUGGCUGUCUUGUUUCCUUAACUUACUUUUUAGAAAAGGUAACACAUUAUAUCAUGUUUAAUACCUAUACAGAUGAUAAGUUUUUUAUAAGGGAAUUCAUUUGAUUGUUGGUUUCACUUUGAUAGACAUUUCACCAUCAUUUUAUACAACAGUCCUUAUUUCAUUUUACCCAAAACUUACAAGAUUUGUAAAGUAUACACUUUUUACUAUUGUUUAUUUCAACAGUGCUGGUUCACAGUUUAUUUAUGGUAUCUGUUAGAUAAAAGAUCAGUAUUGUUUUAUAGGCAUUCAUGAACAAAUGUAUGAUGAUAAUUCUGGAGAUGAUACAGCCUGUAGAUGACAGGGCAUACUUGUCAAUCUGUUACAUGAAUAGCAUGAUUUUCUGGCAUUUUAUGUAAUUUUGCAAGUUUUAAUUACAGUUUUCCCUUACUGUCUAAGGACAGGACACAGUUUAUGUAAUAGAAAUUUCUUUACAUUGGGGGUAAUAUGACAUCUUAAUUAAAAUUGAUAUGAUGUUAAUGAAACAAUUAUAAAAUUACAUGUACCAAAUAACUGGUUUGCAGUAUUGUCUUUUCUUACAUCAGUAUGUGGCAGUUUAUGAUGACAGAACAAAAAUGUAUGGAGUUAAUACUAAAUAGUGUCUGUAUUGAAUAGAAAUAAUCUCUCCCUUGUUGAAUCUCUGUACUAUAAUGAUCUGAUCUUGUCUUUGUACUUGCUCCCUCUUAAGGCAUGCUUUAUUUAUUUAUUGAUACAAAUACUAUUAAGGGGAGAUAAAUUCACCUUGCAUUUCAAGAAUAGUGUGCAGGAUUUACUGUGUCUAGGGCUCAAAACUAUAUUUUAUUGUCCAUGUAUCAGAAUUUCACGGUGCAAGGCAAAUAUUGCUAGAAUUUUUAAAAGUACAUGUAUCAUUAAAUCUGUUCAAAAUGUUCUGACAGUAAGCAAUGUUCUAACAAAUAUGUUUUACAAAUGUUAUACUUCAGUCUGGCCUGAAAGUUAUUUCCAAGGUUAGUUUUUGAGAGCCUUUGAAAAUCAAUUUUAGACAACCUAUGUAAAAAAUGGAAGAGCGGAUACAAUACCCUGUUCCAAGAUUUAGGAAGUAGAGUGUUAGAAAUGAUUGAUUGUAGGGAAACAACUGAAGGAAACUUCUGAAGCAAGAUCUUAGAUGUAAAUGUUGUUAAGUAUAUUUAUAUCUUUUUCUUAGUAUAGUAAAUCAAUGAAUUGUUCAUGUACAUGUUUUACUUUGUGACAAAUCACUUUCACAAAAUGAACAAAUUUUUUAAUGAGAAAUUUGUACAAAAUUUUACAUAUUGUUAUUAUUUACAAAUGUUUCGUAAAUGUAAAUAAGUGUUGUCCAAUCAAUGAGCAUAUCUUUUUGAGUGUUCUGCAUGGUUAUGUGAAAACCAUAUUUAAACUGUUGUUAUUUAUUUGAUAGUUGAUAAGUACUUUAGUAAGACAUUUUGUGAGAAAGGUAAUGAUACAUGUUCUAUUUUAGGUCAUUUUUUUGAAGUGAAUUUGUAUGGAUACUGUUUCAACAUUUGUGUAUUAAUUGUACCAAUGUUUUGAGCUGAUUCUUGUCUCUCAAUGCUACACACAUUGUUGUGUAAUUCACUAACAAAUAUAUUAUGCUGAUUCAAAACUGAAAAAUGACCUACACACACAAAACUAUCAGAUGAAUUCUAUGGUACAUUUUACGGCCAGUCCACAUGCGAUUUAUUUUGAUUAUUCAGAUCUUCACAAAUGAUCUUCUCAUUUUGGCUACAAAAUUAACUUGUUUUUAAACUCUGUUCUAUUUUCCUGUAUAUAAUAUUCACAGUAUUUGAAUAAAAAAAUUGGAAACAGGCAUUUCCUUUAAUGAUAAUGUAUAAAAUGGUUUUUGCAUGCCAAUACUUUCCCUUUUACAUAAUUAUGUAGUAUGUGUAUGAAAAUUGUGUGAUAUGUUUACCACAGAAUGCCACAAAAUAUCUGCCACAUGUUUCACUGUUAUCUCACUUUCAGUUUUGCUUAUAAGUGAGGCUACGCAACUUGUAUAAUUUGUAGGUCUUACAACCUGUACUACUAACUUGCAAUAUAAAACUUUUCAUCCCAUAAUAUUGCUUGGUCUAGUUUAAGUGGUUAGGACUCUGUGUCUAGUGGUUGGCAGAAGUUAGGACUCUGUGUCUAGUGGUUGGCAGAAGUUAGGACUCUGUGACUAGUGGUUGGCAGAAGUUAGGACUCUGUGUCUAGUGGUUGGCAGAAGAGCUUCAAUACUGUAUUACUUGCUUUCUAAAUAACAUUUUGAUAACAGAAAGUGAAAACCACUUGUCCUCUCAUUCCCAGCAUCUGCAGUCUGCUGUGAAAUCAGUUUACUUUUGUGGGAUUGAAAUUUUGUGGUUUUGGCAAAAACAACUUUUUGUUGAUUUCAAAUUUUGCUAGUAAAAUCAAUAAGAAAUAUGUUUCCUUGCAGGGAUUUAAUUUAGUGAAUUAACAGAACCACAAAAUUCUCAAGUUAGUCCCCCGCAUAUAUUGAUGAUUUCAGAGUGAAACAUAACAUGUUACACUGAGUACUGAGGGAAGUGGAAAUUCUGCAAACUUCUGUCUCGUUUUUAUACUUGUUGGUUUGCUAAUACUGUUAAUGGAAAAAAUGAAAACAGUUACGCAUUUUUUUUUUUACUUUACUGUUUCCUGUUAAUAAAACAAAUCAUGUCCAAUUCAUUGUUUAGCUGGUCAAAGUAAUUACCAGGAAUUUCAUGUCAUUGUACUUGUUAUUUUAUAAUAGUUGAUAAUAUUUACACAUUUUUGCUGCAAUGAGUUGGAAUGGUACUAUUUUAAAAGUGUUCAUUUUCAUCUAAAUGUGAAAAAAUUAAGUUUUUUCUUUAGUCAAUGAAUGUUACCAUACACAAGUAGUGUCAGUAUUUUUUAUCAUUUUAUGUCAGUUAAAUAUACUGUUUAAGUUUGGUAAUGUUUGCAACAAACAGACUUUGCCAUAAUUAAAAGUAGCAUAAUUAAAACCAUAACUACUCUACAAACACCAUAGACAUUUCAUAACUGAAAAUAGCCAAGAUAUUCCAAAUAUGUGCCAUAUCUGAUGAGGAACGGCUUAAUAAUGUUUAUUGUAUUAUGCCCUUGUUAGUUAUUUUAUGUACAAAACUGCAAUACAUGACUUAGUUUAAGAUGUUAGAUACAGCAUAUGUUGUUGAUGGCUUACCUUCUGUGUGUUGAAUUGUUAGCUGCCGAAUGACUUUGUAGACAUACCAUAACCAUUCUGCUGUUACUUUCUUAUAGAAACUUUCUUUGCUGCUUGAGGAAAAACACUGGACUAAAUAUAAUGCUUUUAGCAUUUAUUAAUAAUUUUUAGCUCACGUGACCUUUGUUAAGAGUGAGCUAUUGGUAUUGUUGGAUGGUCUGUCUUCCUGUGACAUAGAUAUCUUAUCUUAUGUAAUUAUUUUGUCACUAGCAUCUUGGCGUGGAUCAUUCUAAAAUUGUUCAAACAGUCCAUGUUGACCUCUUAAGCCAAAACUAAAAAUAGAAAACCUUUAAAGGACUUCUCAUGGACCGCCUGAUGGAUCUUCAUCAGACGUACUCUUUAGCAUCAUUUUGAGUUCCUUUUCUCAAAUUUGUCCAAAAGAGGGUGCUUCGUUCCUUUUCGAAGCCAUUACAGCUAGAAAAAGAAAAAAACAUUCGAACAGGUACUUGAAGGAUCUUCUUCAAACUUGACCUGUAGCGUCAUAGUUUUUGUUCCACUUGGCUCCGUUUAGGGGCCACCAGAGUUGAAAAUACAAACAGUUCAAAACAACUUUAUAUCAAGAACAAUUUUAUCAAGAAGUUCCCUCUCAUGGUAAUACAUUUUUGGCCGUCACAACAGAAUAUAGAAAAAAAAUAGCUAUUUUGAAUGAACUGCUUAAAAGAUGUUCACCAGACAUGGUGAGAAGCAAGGUUAGAUGCAUAAGGUCGUGUUAAGGUGAGUGACUUAGGCCCUCUUGGGCUUUCUUUCAUUAAUUGCAUUUGCUGUAACUUUAACUUUAAUGGAAACCAAAUAAUGUUUGGUGUAAUUGAUGUAUGUCGUAUAAAGACUGGAUGCAAGUGUAUUCCUGAGUAACGAGAUGAUGUUUUACAGUAAAAUAAGUUUGACACCAAUAACUUACUUUUUCUCUGAGCCAAAACAAUCUAUAUACUAUUGAAGUCAAGAAAGAUUUACAUGCCCUUUACAGUUGAGUGAAACUUUUGUUAUUUUUUUAAACCAAAUGCAUUUAUUUGCUCGUUUUUGGGCUCAAUUAGUUAUUGUUACUGUAUUGUUUGUUUAUUGUAUAAUGUUCUCUCUGUUUUAAGUUGUUUUAUGGUAAUAUCAGUGUGGGGAUAAUGAGGGUUUUACAUGGUGCUGCAACUUAUUUAGCACAGUUCUGUUGUAUGUUUGUCUGUAGAGUAUACAUGACAUUAUUUCCUUACUUAAAUCAGCUCUUCUUUAUUGGAAUGGUUAACAUUGAAAUGAAUUUUAAAUGGGAGACUUACAGUUUUUUUAUGAGUCCUGAUGAAAAACUUACUGCAGGAGCAGUUUUCACUUUUUUGCAAUGCUUUGAAAGUGCUUACAGCUUUACCACUGCAAGUUUUAGAAACAGCCAAAUACAGGAUAUGGUGAAAUAUGCAUUUAUUUUGCUUUGAUUUUUUUGUGAGCAUUUGGCUAGAUCAUUGUGGGCAAUUCUGGUUUUAUAGUACUGAUAGCGGUAAUAAAUGAUAGAAAUUUGGGAAAAAUUGGUAACAUGUUUUAGUUAAUAAUAUUUAGCUGACCAGAGCACAAAGUGCUCAAGGUGAGCUAUAGUGAUACACCUAUGUCUGUUCUUUUGUGGUGUCAAUAAUUUUACUGUCACACUCAAGAGGAUUCUAUUUUUGUCCUAUCUUUAAUGAAACUUGGUAAGGAUGUUGGCCUUUAUGAAGUCCUGCAAUGAGUUAGAAACCAGGUCAUAUGGAGUAAAAAAGCUAGGUCAAGUAAAUCAGGUUUGAAAGAUAUCUUAGAUCAAAAGCUAGGUCAAGUAAAACAGGUUUGAAAGCAGGAUAUCUUAGACCAACAACUAGGUCAAGUAAGUCAGGUUUGAAAGCAGGAUAUCCUAGACCAACAACUAGGUCAAGUAAAUCAGGUUUGAAAGCAGGAUAUCUUAGAUCAACAACUAGGUCAAGUAAGUCAGGUUUGAAAGCAGGAUAUCCUAGACCAACAGCUAGGUCAAGUAAAUCAGGUUUGAAAGCAGGAUAUCUUAGACCAACGACUAGGUCAAGUAAAUCAGGUUUGAAAGCAGGAUAUCUUAGACCAACGACUAGGUCAAGUAAAUCAGGUUUGAAAGCAGGAUAUCUUAGACCAACGACUAGGUCAAGUAAAUCAGGUUUGAAAGCAGGAUAUCUUAGACCAACAACUAGGUCAAGUAAGUCAGGUUUGAAAGCAGGAUAUCUUAGACCAACAACUAGGUCAAGUAAAUCAGGUUUGAAAGCAGGAUAUCUUAGACCAACAACUAGGUCACUUUAGGCCACAAUUUCUACCUGAUUUUCGUGUCAUAUGGUCAGAAUGUUUUUUCUGUUUAAAUGUUGGUUAAAUUUUUGACUAGGUUAUGGUUGGUCUUAAACUAGGUUAGUAGGUUAAAUCUUAGAAUUACCUUGUUAACUUUCCAGAAACCACAUUCAUGGAACUGUCCAGUUGUUUGUCUUGAUGAAAACUAGUUUUAAGUUCUAGUUAUAAACAAGCUCAGUAGGUCAAAUUUAUUGAAAAAUCUUUUAACGUACCUGAUCUUCACAAAAUUUUGUCAGAAUGUUUGUCUUAAAACAUCUAGGUUAAGUUUGCAAAACUCUCAACUAGGGGAAAAGAAAAUAGGUCACUAGGUCAGAUUAUUGAAAACCUUGAUAAACAUUCUACUUUAUGUCGGAAUGUUUGUUUUAAUGAAAUUUAGGUAAAAUUAUAUACUAGGUUAAAAGGUGUAAGAACAAGGUUAGGUGAUCAAUACAAGGCGUUCAUGGCCCUCUUAUCUUACGAGACAGUUAAUUCAGAGAUAUCAGUUACAAUAAUAGUAUGAGUGAGUAUACAAGUAUGUUGUGCUGAUCCACACCCACAAGCACAUCUAAGAUACAAGCAUCACAUUCAUAUUAAAUCAUACCGAAUUUUUCAUUGAUAACAAAUUAGAAAUGGUCAGGUUUAUAUUUCAGUAAAUAUUUUGAAAAGAAUUCACCAGUUCUUAGAAAUAACCUUUUGCAAAUAUAGAGCAAAAAUACCUAGAUAUAAUGUUUUAGCUGAGGCAGUAAGUUAAAUAAUAACAUUUUGAUUAUUUGUCAGAAUUAUGAAUUUGUGUCCCAAAGAGAAUUUUGUUAGUAUUUUUAUUGGACACAUACAAGCUGUUUUAUUUGUCAAUAAUUUACCAAAUCUUUUUCAAAGAAGUGUUGCAGAUUGUUUUUGGAGAUACAGUUUUGUACUUUACAUCAGUGAUGUGUCUACUAAAAUUGUCCAUACAUUUUGGACUGUUCUGUACUGUUGAAUGUGAAACUUUUGUAUCAUUAUAUACAUUUUGUAAAGCAAGUUUACACAAGGGACUGCAAUGCAUAAAAGAUAUGUUUAUUUAAUCUGAGCUGUUACAUUUUAAGUCAGUAGUAUUGUUUUGUCAUAAACAUAAGGGCAUUUUCUUUCAAAAUGGGACCAAGUCUUACAGAUGUUUUCUGAGCAAAGUUAUUUAAAUUUUCCUACUUUCUUGUCUAAAGCUUACAGAAACCUGCCUUGCUUUUCACGUUAGAUAAAUUUCCAUUGGUGUUUUAUAUACAUAACCUGGUCAAAAGAUUCUCAAGAGUUUGCACUCCGAGGAUCAUUGGAUAUCUGUUGGCUGUCGCUUGUCUGUUGGAACAUUCCCUGGGGACUCACUACCAAGUUCCUUUAAGCAAUUUUAAUUUGUUAAAAAAAAUCAUUGUUGCUGCUAGAGGGCAGGCUCUAUAUGGCUAUGUGUAAAGCUUUUAAAAUCUUUUCUGGACAGAUUUAAAAAUUAUUUCACUCAAAUGACCCUUCACUCUGCCAGAGUUGUUUUGUUAAAAAUACAUGGCUUUAUAAUCUUGUCAGAAAAUGCUGACUUUCUUUCAAAAUGAUUUCACACAAAUGUUCCUUGGAUGAAUCUCUGUCAAACUCCUUUGGAGUAUUUGGCUUUGUUAGAAACCAUUGCUAACUGGGGAUGGGGCAGGUUUUCUCUAAAUAUGUACAUGUAUAGUGCAGUCUUUGAGUCUUCUUCUCCAGAACUGCUGACUAGAUUUCAGUGUGACUUUAUUUACUGAUGCAGAAAUAUUUUUUUACAGGGACCCUUAACCAAGAGUGUUCGGACAGAUUUUAUUAAUAAAAGAAACAUGGCCGCCAGAGAGGGUGGUAACUUUUCCGUAUGUGUAUGUUAUAGAAGCCGUAAAAAGUUGCUGUUAUGAUUUUGAAAUAAUUUUACAGAAAUUCUCUAGGUGACCCUACACCAGUUAUUCAGGUUUGUCAAAAACGUGGCCACCAGAGGCUGUAGUCACUUAUUCCAAGUUGCAACCUAAAGAUCUUGGCAGAAAUUGCAAGCUCAGUUUCAAAAUAAUUUCACAGAAUCUGAUGUUUUCAUUUUAUGGCCUUCCAAGCUUUGAAACUCUGGUGAGCAAUCCAGGGCCACAAUUGCUCUAUUGUUUUAACAAAGAAGUGAGAAUGGUGUAUAAAAGGGAUUUACUUUUAUGAAUUGCAGUCAGUUAUGUUUACGCUGGUUUAUCGUAAAAUGAUUUUGUUGAUUGUUUUCUAAGCCAAAGCAUGAUUAUUCUCUAUUGUCUGUAUUGUGAUUUGUUUUACCAAAUAUCAAACUAGAUUUAGAGCAACUAUUGUAGGUCCAAGGCUUUUGAAUCUCAUCUGGCAGAUUGGUAUAAAUAGCAUUGGGAUUACAUGCAAGAUCAUUCAGAAAUUCAGAAAUGAAAUCGCAGAACAAAUAAAAUAUUUGAAAGAUUUUUUCCAAAGAAUUUCAGCCUAAAUCCAUUUGUUCUACCAAUUCCGGUUAUUGUUACAGGGAACAGAUCAAAGUAAAUUCUAUUCCUGCCUGUAUUUAAACUUUUUUACCAGUUUAUUUUCCAUUUUGGACCAUCAGUAGAACAAAAACAGUUUCAAAAUAUUUCUUUAUCAAGCAGUUUGCUGAUGAUUAAAAAACAGAAGCCAUGGAUCUUCAGUGAGUUGAUAUUUUUAGAGAUAGAUAGAUAUAUCAUAUAUAUUGUACACAAAGUCUUGGUGCAAUAAAAAAAAUCUUCAACA